GCGCCAUGAGGCUCAUGCUCGAGGAUCAAUACACCGAGGAACCAGACUGUCCUUUGGGAGCGGAAGGAAAACGCAGCGGCACUGCUAGUAGAAGUGAAACAUAGUUGUCUUUAUAUUAACGCCGUAACAGUUUUACAUACCAGCAGCAGCCGUUAACGACAAUGAACGGACAGAUGAAUGGUUUCCAUAACUCCCUCAUUGAUGAGGACUGCUUCUUGUUCACCUCAGAGUCGGUCGGGGAAGGACAUCCCGACAAAAUCUGUGAUCAGAUCAGUGAUGCAGUUCUUGAUGCCCACCUUAAGCAGGAUCCUGAUGCCAAAGUUGCAUGUGAGACUGUUGCCAAGACUGGGAUGAUCCUGUUGGCAGGUGAGGUGACAUCACGUGCCACAGUGGACUACCAGAAAGUUGUUCGCGACACAAUCCGCCAAAUUGGAUAUGACGACUCUUCCAAAGGCUUUGACUAUAAGACCUGCAAUGUUCUUGUGGCCUUGGAGCAGCAGUCUCCGGACAUCGCUCAGGGUGUUCAUAUUGACCGCAACGAGGAAGACAUUGGAGCAGGUGACCAGGGCUUGAUGUUUGGAUAUGCCACUGAUGAGACAGAGGAGUCUAUGCCUCUCACAAUUGUCCUUGCCCACAAACUGAACGCUAAGAUGGCUGAGUUGCGUCGUAAUGGCACCCUUCCAUGGCUCCGGCCAGACUCAAAGACACAGGUUACGGUCCAGUACCGCCAGGACCGUGGCGCCAUGCUUCCAGUGCGUGUGCACACAGUUGUCGUCUCUGUUCAGCAUGAUGAGGAUAUUUGCUUGGAGGAGAUGAGAGACACCCUGAAGGAAAAGGUUGUCAAGGCUGUUGUUCCAUGCAUCUAUUUGGAUGAUGACACAAUCUACCAUCUGCAGCCCAGUGGGCGAUUUGUUAUUGGAGGCCCACAGGGUGAUGCUGGCCUGACGGGGCGUAAAAUCAUUGUUGACACUUAUGGAGGCUGGGGAGCUCACGGCGGCGGGGCCUUCUCUGGGAAGGAUUACACAAAGGUGGACCGCUCUGCUGCUUAUGCUGCACGCUGGGUGGCCAAGUCUCUGGUGAAGGCUGAGCUCUGCAGGAGAGUUUUGGUCCAGGUUUCCUAUGCCAUUGGAGUUGCCCAUCCCCUUUCCAUUUCUAUCUUCCACUACGGGACCUCCCACAAGAGUGAGAGGGAGCUGCUUGAUAUUGUGAAGAGAAACUUUGAUCUCCGUCCUGGAGUUAUUGUCAGGGAGCUGGAUCUGAAGAAGCCAUUGUAUCAGAGGACCGCAGCCUAUGGCCACUUUGGCCGAGACUCCUUCCCAUGGGAAGUGCCCAAAAAGCUCAAAUACUAAACAUGUUAAGCUUUUCCCCCCCAGGCCUGUUGGUGUAUACUACAGAGAAGCCUCCUAGGUUCCGGGGGUGAAAUGCCCUUAUCUCUCUCAUAGUAAUGGUAUCUUUAACACAUGACUCCUUCCUCACUCCAACUCCCUCCUUUUGUCUUCUUGUUGUUUUCUGCUGGUUGCAGUAUCAUACUGGGUUAUAGGAGGCAUGCCUCAGAAACUUGAUGUUUAAAGAACCGGGUGGGUUCCAUGAACUCAUGCACCAUCAUACUUGAUGUUCUCCCACGUCUUGAGGUUCCCCUGCUUCUUGUGAUAGACCCUGAAUAGUGAAUAGCAGUGCUCAGUUCUGCUUUUGGCAUUCCAUACGUCAUUAUCGUCUUUUUAUUUAGCAUCAUGUCGAUUGGAUCUUAGGCUAUAUGCUAUGCCCCUCUUAAUUCACUGGUGCUACUGAUGUAAGGAGUCUGCGUGACAUCUACAUUUUGCAAGGCCAUUUAGAAGCAUCAUUUGAUAGUCGGUUGUCUCGUAUAGCGCCUUCCCAAUCAAGUCUAGUGUCUUUCUAAACAUUCCUCCUAUGUCAGUCUGGUACAAUUAUUCCCUGACCCAGUGUUCUUCAUCCUUUUUUUUGUUAGUUAUACCCCUUGUCUUUUGUGGAGGAUGCUAGAAUGGCGCGACUAAAAAUGUAAAGGUUGUUGCUGUUUUCUCACAAAAAAUGCUAUGCAUUGCAGGCUAAUGGGCAAGCCAAAUCCUAAUUAUUCAAGCUCUUAAAUGAGCAUAGGGCCUCAGAUGCCCCUACAGACCGUUGCUGAUUUCUGACGUAAUACAGAAAAGUCAGAAGCUGCUAUGUCACUGCUCUGGUCUGCAGAGGUAUUUGUUAUACUUGAUACUAAAAGCAAAAAUUGGAUUGUUUAUGCAUUGAAAUUCAAUUUUAAAUGAGUCCUUUUUUUAAAUGUAGUUUCACUUGCAUUUUUAUGGUUUGAAGUGACUAAAGGUCCUUUUUACUCCUUAAGUAUAUUGAUGGCAGGUGUAGCUACAGAGAAACCUAGUCCAGUCUUUAUUCUUAAAGGAGUGUGUUCUUUGCCACAGAGUCUUAUUGGCUUGACGUCAAACCGUAACACUAUUUAUUUGUUCUCUGAAACUUGGCGUGAAUACAGAGAAGCCGAGGUUUCAGAAGGCAGCUUUAAACACACCUGGCUAUUAAAUCGUGAAUUCCUUUUUGACUUGACCAUUUUUCAGUGUUUCGCUUGAGGCUCCAGAGUGUUGUACAGAAAAGCUUUGGUCCGCCUCAACAAGAAAGUGUCACUGGCUACUGUUGACUAUUUUACAAUCUACUUUUUAUUUUUGGACUAGAUUAUAUUUUUAAGUGACUUGGUUUGGAAAUCUCAUUUAAAAUAUCUGGUGCAAUGCUUUAGCUUUUACCUAUCCUCAAUGGAAUGGCAACAUUUGGUUGGUGUAGUACAGAGAAACCAGCCUUGUUUACAUGGCCAUCUCAUGUGUGGGAUAGGUUCAAGUUUGGGUUUUGUUCCCGGGUUUUUUUUUUUUUUACCACUCAGAGGUCAUCCCGUUGGCUACAGUAAGUGUAAGAGUGCCUUUUCUAUUUCCUCUACUCCCCAUUUGCUUUAUCUCUCCUCCUACCCACAUGCGCUCAACUUUCAGAGGAACCAGUAGCUCAUACUGUAUUUUGCUUCAUGUCUACACUGGGUAGUUUCCUUAUGCUCUGUAAUAAACAACUACUCCUUUCAA